CGCAACCAAACACUUCCGUGGAAAAAAAAAAUUAAUUUAUUAUUAUUGGAGAAGGGGGAAGAGAUGGUGGACGAGGCGUGGGAGCGGGCGGUGGAAGCGGCGCUGCACGCCGGCGGCGAGGGGAGCUCGUCGCCGGCGCGGAGCCUGACGCUUGACGGCGCCGUCAAGUGCAUGCACGGGCGGCUGCCGGCGGCGGAGAUACUGGAGCGGCACCAGAGCCUGGAGCACCUUUCGAUCGCCGGCGUCGGGGUCACGUCGCUCGAGGGGUUCCCGCGGCUGCGGAACCUCACGCGGCUCACCCUCUCCGACAACCGCAUCGCCGGCGGCCUCGACCACCUCGUCGCCGCGGGGCUGUCCUCGCUGCGGGACCUGGACCUCAGCAACAACCGCAUCCAGGACGUCGACGACCUCGCGCCACUUGCCGACCUGCGUCUCGUGUCGCUCGACCUCUACGAGUGCCCCGUCACUCGGGUCAAGGACUACAGAUCCAGGGUCUUCGGUAUGAUCCGGACGCUCAAAUAUCUCGAUAAGAUGGAUGCUGACGAGAACGAGCGUCCCGAGUCUGAUGACGACGAUGACGACGGAGAUGGGGACGGCGACGGCGACGGCGAGGGCGACGAUGAUGACGAAGAUGAGGAAGACGAGGAAGACCCCGGGAGCGGCGAGGUAGCGAACGGGGGCGUUGCCCACGCGCGCGGCGGCGUGGCUUCGCAUCCGGUGGAGGUGAAUGGGGUGAUCGAUGUGGACGAGGAAGAGAGCGAUGCUGAUGAGGUCGUCCCGAACGGGGGAGUUGAGCACAGCCAUGGGGCAAACGGCUUUCGUGUCGCUGCUGCUGGAGAAGCCCCUGGCGAGGAGGAUGAGGACGUGGAGGAUGAUGAUGACGAUGAUGACGACUUUGAGGAGGAGGAUGAUUUGGGGGAGGAGAUUGAUGAGGAUGUUGAUGACGAGGAUGCUGUUGUGGAGGUGCAUGAUGUACCAAGUAGUGAUGAGGAGGAAGAUGGCGUUGAAGAGGAGGAAGAUGAUGAAGAGGAGGAUGAAGAUGAUGAAGAGGAGGAGGAGGUUGAGGAUGAAGGUGAAGAGACAGAGCCACAAAUCAGUGCUAGGGUUGCCAUGAUGACAGGGGAGGAUGGAGGAGAAGAGAUAGAUGGGCAUGAGCAUGGUGAAGGGGAUGAUGAGGAUGAAAAUGGCGAGAUCGGUGAAGAGGAUGAGGAGGGACUGGAGGUUGAUAGGGUUUAUGAGGAGGGGAAUGAUGACGACGAUGCAGAUGCGGAUGAUGAGGAUGAAUAUACGGAAUAUCUUGUGCAACCAAUCGCUCAGCCUCAAGCCAUGGCCAUUGGAGGUGACUUGGAAGUAGCUGACCCUGAUGAUGCUGAUGAAGAUCGGGAAGAAGUCGAUGAUGAUGAUGAGGGGGUCACAGAUCAGCCUUCAUCCUCGCAGGGAACCAAGCGAAAGAGAGAUGAUGAUCUGUCAGGCAGUGGUGAUGACAGUGAGGAUGAUGGUAUUGAGGACUUGAGGCCCUUCAAGCACAAGUAACGGAGCAGCCAAUGUACAUGGAUCCCUCCCUCCCCCUUCGUCAGCUAGAAGUAAGCAGAGCAGGAUCAGCAGCAGCAGGAGGCAGCAGGAACAGAAAUAUGGUGGGUUUCCCCUGUCUUCUUUUUUAUCGUUUUUUCCUUGUAAAGACUUUGAAUUGAGAGAGCUUCAGCCUCCUCUUGGAAUAGCAGAUUUUAGGAGGUAAUGGAGAAACACCUUGUGUAGCCUAGUAGGCCAGUUAGCUAAACCAGUUCAGUUCUUCAGUCUCUCCUCUUGCCGGCAAGCUCCCUUUGUGUUUGAUUUUUCCCUCCAGAUUUUCAAAUGGUAGUUGCAACCCUGGGGCUUUCCCUCCA